GAAAAAAAAAAAAAACAGAGAGGUCAAGUUGGGGAAAAAAAAGAAAAAGAAAUAAAGAGAAAAAAAACCCCUUCUCCCUUCUUUGAGUUUUAUUCUUCUAGAAGAAGUAUAGUUAUAUACUGCUUCUGCUGCAACAGCAAUAGACUCUAUUUCUCCCUCUAUCCCGAGUAGAUUAAAACCCCCAAAAUCUAGGGUUCUGUUUUAUCUCUCUCUACACCGGAAAAUCUUUAUCCGGGUUUCUUCUUGUUUGGUUGCUAAGAAAGUUUGGGGUUCUUGGUUCCACGGCAGAGAAAUUGAGAUAGAUACCGGUGCUGGUUAUUAUCCUUGAGAAAUGUAGUAGAACUAAAAGUUUGUACACUUUUUAGGUUAAUAUUGAAACACUUUUUGGCCAGGUAUGCAGUCAAAGCCUGAAAAAACUAAUGUGCCAGAACCCAAUCCGAGUGACAUUCAAGAAUAUACAGUUCACUCUGAACCUUGGUGGCGCAAUAUAGGUUAUAGCUCCAUGCCUCCUGCCAUGACCGGUGGAAAUGCAUCCAACUCAGAAGGACAUAAUGGUUCUGAAUCAAAUGAUGAUCAGUCUCUGUCGAGUGGUAGACUGAAUGAGGAAGAUGCUGAUGCUACCAAAGAUUCCCAAGCCACUGCAUCAUCCCAAUUAGGGAAUCAUGGACAUUUGCAAAAUCUUCAGGGUCUUGUCUCUAGUAUCACUACAAUGCACAAUGGCCUCUCACAAUCUCCACAGUUUGAGCUUGUUAGUCACUCUAUUGCAUGUGCAUCAAACCCAUACCAGGAUGCUUAUUAUAGUGGAAUGAUGGCUUAUGGACAUCAGCCUUUGGGUUAUCCGCAAUUUGUUGGAAUGCCACAUGCCAGAAUGCUUUUGCCCCUUGAGGUGGCUCAGGAUCCUGUUUUUGUAAAUGCCAAACAAUACCCAGGGAUUAUUAGGCGAAGAGAACAACGUGCAAAAGCAGAGGUUGACAAGAAGCUGAUAAAAGCUAGAAAGCCAUAUCUUCAUGAAUCUCGGCACCGGCAUGCUAUGAGAAGGGAAAGGAGUUCUGGAGGACGUUUUGCGAAGAAAACCGGCGAUGAUGCUUCAAAGAACACAUCUGAAGGCAAGCUCAAUGGUUCUGGUCUGGUCCAUGCAUCUCAGUCACGGAGUUCAUCAGGUUCUGAACUCUUGCCCUCUGACUCUGUUGAAACUUGGAAUUCCUCUGAAGGUCAAAAGGAAGCAAGAGAGUCCCAAGUGCAUGACACUUUUGAAGCUCAUGACUAUGUAAAUAGAGGUGGCCACUAUAAAAAACACAGUGGCUUGCAAUCCUCUGCAUAUGGCUCGUACCUGGGUGACAAUGAGGAUGGAGACCGUUCAGGUGAAAAUGAGGACGAAGACUGUCCAGGCCAGCAACUGGGGAACCAGGCCAAACGAAGGUUUUUUGGCCCACAGUGAACCCAGCAUGUUAAGUGGAUGCCAAGGUGGAGGGUCCAAUUCACGCAAGUAGCGAAACUUGAAUCCUCUCUCUUAUCAGGCAACCACGCACUUGGCAAUAUAUAUUGCCAGGCGGCAAAUCAUUCUUGGCUUUUUCUUUUUCUUGCUUGUGGCUUGAACAGAGUGAAGGAGAUGAAUCCGUGGUUGGCUUCUUUUGUCAGCCAACGCUUCGCGUGCAUCAUUAUUCUCACUCUCUCUCUCUUCUUUUUCCUGUGUACAUAGAACUGUCAAGGAAACUCAAGUAGAAGUAGUCUCUGGUUAGAUUUUAGCCUAUCAGCACUCUUGUUUAACGUAUAGACUGUCUUGUUUGACGAUUUCUUUUCACUUGCAAUUCGAUGUGGCCCUGGUUUGAUUUUACAA